AUGCCUUUUGGUAAAAAGCUUAAAACCUUGCUUAAUUCUACUCGUUCAAAAGGAAACAGCGCAUCUACAAGAGACCACGAAGAAACGAAUGAUUACCAAGACGAUGAAUACGAUCAAUACAAUGAUAGCCAAAGGGCAUCUGACGAAGACGACGAGUAUGAUCAAUACUAUGAUAGCCAAAGGGCAUCUGACGAAGAUGAUGAGUCCUACCAAUACACCGUUUUUUCGGACAACCUUGAUGAUAACCAAAGGGCAUCUGACGAAGACGACGAGGUAUAUGAAAUAGAAAGUGAACCUACCGCCGGAUUUAGAAGCCAACCUCGCGAAUUCGAAGCUUUCCCUCGCAGAUACAACGUUGACGACCUUUAUUCCCUACAAUAUCAGGAUCAGAACGCGUUCGCUAACCCACAAAAUUAUAAUCGAAGCCAGGAUCAGAACGCGUUCACUAACCCACAAAUGCAUCAUCGAAGCCAGAAGGCUUCUACUAUCCCACAACCAAUCAUUUACCAAAGUCAGAAUCAGAAGGCUCCUAUGUUCAAACCAAUCGUUAACCAAAGCCAGAAUCAGAAGGUUCCUACUUUCACACCAAUCGUUAACCAAAGCCAGAAUCAGAAGGCUCCUACUUUUACACCAAUCGUUAACCAAAGCCAGAAUCAAAAGGCUCCUACUUUCACACCAAUCGUUAACCAAAGCCAGAAUCAAAAGGCUCCUACUUUCACACCAAUCGUUAACCAAAGUCAGAAUCAAAAGGCUCCUACUUUUACACCAAUCGUUAACCAAAGCCAGAAUCAAAAGGCUCCUACUUUUACACCAAUCGCUAACCAAAGCCAGAAUCAGAAGGCUCCUACUUUCAUACCGAUUGUUGACCAAAACCAGAAUCAGAAGGCUCCUACUUUCACACCAAUCGUUAACCAAAGUCAGAAUCAAAAGGCUUUUAAUAAUCCAGGUCCAUUUCGGGAUAACAAUAAUGUCUUGCCAUCUGACGAUCAUGGGAUUGAUAAAGACGAACCGAUAGCCUUGGCAAUAACACGGUCGUUAAACGAGAUAGCCUCAGUAAUAAUGCGGUCGCUAAGCGAUAUGAUACCGAGGAAACCUCAGUCUCAACCGCCGCCGAAUAUAACGCAUGCAAAUCCGUUUCGAAAUCAAACUCAGGAUAUGAACUCGUCCCCUAAUCAAACUCUGGAUAUGAACUCGUCUCCUAAUCAAACUCUGGAUAUGAACUCGCCGCCACCCCCAUACGAAAGGUAUAUUUACCCAACGGAGAAAUCGAAUUAUUUUUACCCUCAGCCAUCUGGUCAGCCCCGCCCGUCAACGCGCAAUCCUCCAAUGAUGCAAAACGGGAUCAAUCUCAUGGGUCAGACACCUCGUGAUUUCAAAAUACUUUUAUUAGGCGAGACUGGGGCUGGAAAAUCAACAAUCAUCAAUACAAUCACGAAUUACUUUUUAAGAGGUACUCCUGAUAAUCUGAAAAUUGUUAUUCCCACGAAGCAUUAUAAAGUCAGUGAAGGAUUCCCCAAUAGACAUUCCGAAGCAAAAGUUAGCGACGAGACUAAGAGCCAAACUCAAAAAUGUCAAAAAUACGCUUUUCGACAUCCCCAAAACCCUGCUUAUAGGUUCAUCUUUAUCGAUACACCUGGACUGAGCGAUACUAAUGGUACAAAACAAGAUGAUAAGAAUAUCAGCGAGAUUGUUAAUACGGCAAUCCGUGCUGGUUCAUUAUCUGCUCUGGUAGUCGUUGUAAAUGGAAUCGAAGCAAGAAUGACCAACUCGGUCAAGAACACUUUGAUUCGCUUGGCGAAUAACCUACCAGACGUUAUGAUCGAUAAAAAUUUGCUGCUUGUUUUAACAAAAUGUUCAAAAAGCAGUGCUCUUUUCUCGAUACCUUCUUUUUCGAAAGAAAUUGUCAAGCCGAAGGUUGGCUCUUCGAGACAAGAUCAAAACAGAAAUAACAAAGAUAUCGCAAACAUUCAGCAAAUCCAGGACGCUCUCGAUGCUGCUCAGCAAGCAUUGCAAGUAACUGGAGACCAAAAAAACUCUUUCGCCAACUAUACAAAAUCAGAGACUAUUACGCUCAAAAAAAUCGUCCCUGCCAAUUACCAUAGCACGGUUUGCGUUACUCAUUUGAGAGAAGAUAUUAUUUGUCAUGACGGUUGUGGACUUGAGUUUACAGACACCUCUGGCACUGACUACUUUCGGCAUUGUUUGUGUAUAGGAAGUGAUUCGAUAUGCACACAAUGUGGAUGUGGACCUGAGAGUCAUGUGCACAACAAAGUAAAAAUGGUUACCGAAACAAAGACUAUCAAUAAGGUUCUUCAAGACAUGAAAGCUCAGUUCGACAUGGCUGACCAAGAACAUCAAAGGCUCGACCAAGACGCAAAAGGUUACCAAGCAACCCUCGCAAAUCUCCAAGCUACCGCUGAUAAUAAAUACAAACAAAUCCACAAACUUUGCCACGAUCUAAGUAAAGUUUGUUCUCGGUUCAACUUUGUCGAUGAGCUUCAUGCGAAUAUCGAAAAUAUGCGACAGGAUGCGAGAGCCAUGCAAAACGCUAGUAUGCGAAAGAAAGCUGAAGAAGAAAUUAGGAAAAUUGAAAAGUUGGUGAAUGAUUUGUCAGCUAGGAGAAACAGAAAAUAG